AUGGUCUCUUCUGUGGCAAAGACGGCGCAAUUGGCAGCCCGGGCUGUCAAAUACCAGCAGCCAAUACACAAGAUUGCGCAAGGGCAAGCCAUGAGAAUGAACUUUGUUUCCCAGCGCUUCAACAACUCCAAGUCGGGCCAGCAGGAAAUGACGGUCAGAGACGCGUUGAACUCUGCGUUGGCCGAGGAGUUGGACAGGGACGACGACGUUUUCCUUUUGGGCGAAGAAGUCGCGCAGUACAACGGCGCGUACAAGAUCAGCAGAGGCUUGUUGGACAGGUUUGGCGAGAGAAGAAUCAUCGAUACGCCCAUCACGGAGAUGGGGUUCACCGGCUUGGCAGUCGGUGCUGCGUUGAGUGGCUUGAAGCCGGUGUUGGAGUUUAUGACUUUCAAUUUCGCCAUGCAAGCCAUUGACCAGAUUAUCAACUCGGCCGCCAAGACAUACUACAUGAGCGGAGGCACCCAGCCCUGCAACAUCACCUUCAGAGGGCCCAACGGUGCUGCUGCCGGUGUUGCUGCCCAGCAUUCGCAAUGCUACGCGGCGUGGUACGGCUCUAUACCCGGCUUGAAAGUGCUCUCGCCUUAUUCUGCCGCCGACUACAAGGGCUUGCUUAAAGCCGCCAUCAGAGACCCCAACCCGGUUGUGUUUUUGGAAAAUGAAAUCGCAUACGGCGAGUCCUUCUUCGUUGACGAAGAAGUUCUUUCGCCCGACUUUAUCUUGCCCAUCGGCAAAGCCAACAUUGAAAGAGAAGGCUCCGACUUGACCAUUGUUGGCCACUCGAGAGCCGUCAAGUUCUGUCUCGAAGCCGCCGAGCAGUUGCAAAAGGACUAUGGCGUCAGUGCCGAAGUCAUCAACUUGAGAUCCAUCAAGCCCUUGGAUGUGCCCACCAUUAUCGACUCGUUGAAAAAGACCAACCACUUGAUCACCGUUGAAAACGGCUUCCCCGGCUUUGGGGUCGGCUCCGAGAUUUGCGGCCAAAUCAUGGAAUCCGAAGGCUUUGACUACUUGGACGCCCCUGUUGAAAGAGUCACCGGUUGCGAAGUUCCCACCCCAUAUGCCAAAGAGUUGGAAGACUUUGCCUUCCCUGACACCGAGGUUAUCAUGAGAGCUUCUAGAAAAGUAUUGGGAUUGUAA